UGACGGCAAAUGAAAUUUUAAAAAAACACCCAGAGCUUCUGGAAUUAUAUGAAAAUCUCAAUAAUUUCUCAACUAACUUGCCUCAGUCCAGAACAAUGCCUAAUGGAUACCAGUCUUUGAUAGAUAAUUGUCUUGAAGAAAAUCACUUCAAACAAAAACUUAUGACAUAUUUUAUAGACGACGCGGCUCUUGAUCUUCUUGAAUCCUGUCAAACUUAUAAACAAAUCAGGCAACACAUUCGGAGAUUGAUGGAUAUCAUCGCAAGCGACCAAGUUGACGAUGAUAUUGCUUCAAGAGCCUAUAAAGUUUUACAACAUAUAUUACAAACAAGUGGUAAUGCAGCAUUUCAAUAUAUUUGGACUUCUGAACAAAUAGACACAGAAGAAGGUACCUUAUGGGCAAAUUACGUAAACUUUUGGAAAUUUAUUGAAAAGCAAUUUACUUCUCUUACAAAGGUUAAUAAAGAUAAA